AUGCUCGCAUCAAGGUUGCUGCGCUCGGCGCCGCGCUCAUCGGUUCUUCCUCGAUUCUCACGCACGAGUCCUUCGAUCUUCACAAGAUAUGCCUCUACAAAUCCUGACACGAGUACUGAGAAGGUUAAGGGUCAGGUUAUAGGAAUAGAUCUUGGUACCACGAACAGUGCCGUCUCGAUUAUGGAAGGAAAAACGCCUCGUAUCAUAGAGAAUGCCGAAGGAACUCGAACGACGCCAUCCGUGGUUGCUUUCACAGAAGGGGGUGAACGUCUUGUGGGUGUAUCCGCCAAACGCCAGGCCGUGGUCAACCCAGAGAACACUCUCUUUGCCACAAAACGAUUGAUUGGCCGAAAGUAUACAGAUCCCGAGUGCCAGAAAGACAUUAAAGAAGUGCCAUACAAGAUCGUUCAGCACACAAACGGCGAUGCUUGGGUCGAGGCUCGUGGACAGAAAUACUCCCCGUCCCAAAUUGGUGGCAUGGUCUUACAAAAGAUGAAGGAAACAGCGGAGGCAUAUCUUGGUAAACCAGUCAAGAAUGCUGUCGUAACUGUUCCUGCAUAUUUCAACGAUCAGCAGCGUCAAGCUACCAAGGAUGCCGGUCAAAUCUCAGGUCUCAAUGUUCUUCGUGUGGUCAACGAGCCUACUGCCGCCGCCCUUGCUUAUGGUCUUGAGAAGGAAGCCGACAGAACCAUCGCAGUCUUCGAUUUGGGUGGCGGCACGUUCGACAUCUCGGUGUUGCAGAUCAGCGCCGGUGUGUUCGAGGUGAAGUCCACAAACGGUGAUACCCAUCUAGGCGGUGAGGAUUGGGAUAUUACGCUGGUGCGACACAUCGUCCAGAACUUCAAGAAAGAUUCCGGCAUCGAUCUAUCCAACGACAGAAUGGCUGUCCAGCGAAUCCGAGAAGCUGCUGAGAAGGCCAAAAUCGAGCUUUCGUCCUCCUCGCAAACUGACAUUAACCUGCCCUUUAUCACAGCCGAUGCUUCGGGACCAAAGCACAUCAACAUGAAGAUGACUCGAUCUCAGCUCGAGCAGCUUGUUGAUCCGCUUCUCUCGAGAACUGUUGAACCUGUUCGAAAAGCCCUCAAGGAUGCAGGCAUGUCCGCCAAGGAAAUUGACGAAGUUAUCCUCGUUGGCGGCAUGACCCGUAUGCCCAAGGUCACUGAAUCCGUCAAGAACAUCUUCGGCCGAGAGCCUGCUAAAUCCGUCAACCCUGAUGAAGCCGUUGCCAUGGGCGCUGCUAUUCAAGGCGCUGUUCUGGCUGGCGAGGUUAUGGAUGUCUUGCUCCUCGAUGUUACCCCAUUGUCUCUUGGUAUUGAGACGCUGGGAGGUGUCUUUACCCGACUGAUUAACCGAAACACAACCAUCCCAACCAAGAAGUCUCAAAUCUUCUCUACUGCUGCAGAUUUCCAGACCGCUGUGGAGAUCAAGGUAUACCAGGGCGAGCGUGAGCUUGUCCGAGACAACAAGCUACUUGGCAACUUCCAGCUUGUUGGUAUUCCACCAGCUCACAGAGGUGUCCCACAAAUUGAGGUAACUUUCGACAUCGACGCAGACUCUAUCGUCCACGUUCACGCCAAGGACAAGUCUACAAACAAGGAUCAAUCUAUCACCAUCGCCUCUGGCUCAGGUCUGUCAGACUCUGAGAUCGAGAACAUGGUCAGUGACGCUGAGAAGUUCGGUGCAGCUGACAAGGAGCGAAAGGCGGCCAUUGAGGCUGCCAACCGUGCUGACAGUGUCCUGAACGAUACUGAGAAAGCGCUUAAGGAGUUUGAAGACAAGCUCGACAAGGCCGAGGCUGAUCAAAUUCGAGAGAAGAUCACUUCUCUCCGCGAAUACGUCGCCAAAAAUCAGAGUGGCGAGGGCACCGCCACUGCUGAGGAGAUGAAGCAGAAGAUCGACGAGCUCCAAACCAGCGCGCUCACAUUAUUCGACAAAAUGCACAAGGCACGAGGAGAGAGCCAACAAACCCCACCACCAGGUAGCGAGCAACAGGGCGAGAACAAGUCGUAA